CCGGUCCGGCCGCGGGCAGCGCGGGGCUUGCCCUGCCCUGCCCUGCCCUGCCCUGCCCUGCCCUGCCCUGCCCGCCGGUGUGCCCUGCGGCGGGCGCGGCGUGCCCGGGGACCGCGGCCGGGACCCUCCGAUUCCUGCUUCUGUUAUGUGGUUGUGCAUAUUGUCUUAUUCUUCACGUUUGUAAAGUCCAGAAGAAGCCUUUUCCCUCAUAAGUGAGCAAGAACUUAAGUCCUUCAGUGAGCUGGAAAUUCCAUUUUUUUACGUUCCCUCUUCAUUCUCCUCCAGUUGUGACUAGAAAACUGUAUCAACCUGUUGCAAGAGAAUACAUGUUACACACCCUGGAGCUGAGGCACAGAAGAUGAAAGAUUCAUUCAGUGCUGCUGUAUAAGAAGUGUGUGAGUGCAGACCAAGACCCAGUGUUGGUUGUGGAAAACAUUAACACCACCAAUGAAUGGCUUGAUCUUCACUCUCAGCUCCAGAUGACCUGUCCUGUUGUUCGUAAGGAUGUCGUCUGUUACUGAAAAUGGAGAUGUUACUGCUGGAAAGCCAAAUGAAGAGAAAACUUAUAAAAAGACUGCAUCCUCGGCUAUUAAAGGUGCUAUCCAGUUGGGAAUAGGAUACACGGUAGGAAAUCUUACUUCAAAACCAGACAGAGAUGUUCUUAUGCAAGACUUCUAUGUAGUGGAAAGUGUCUUUCUACCAAGUGAAGGGAGCAAUCUUACCCCUGCUCAUCAUUACCCUGACUUCAGAUUUAAGACAUAUGCACCUCUUGCCUUCCGCUAUUUCAGAGAACUUUUUGGUAUCAAGCCUGAUGACUAUUUGUACUCAAUCUGCAGUGAACCUUUAAUUGAAUUAUCCAACCCAGGUGCCAGUGGGUCUUUAUUUUUUGUAACUAGUGGUGACGAAUUCAUCAUCAAAACAGUUCAACACAAAGAGGCCGAGUUUCUUCAGAAGCUUCUGCCGGGUUAUUACAUGAAUCUGAACCAGAAUCCAAGGACACUUCUUCCCAAAUUUUAUGGGCUGUACUGUGUUCAGUCAGGAGGCAUUAAUAUUAGGAUUGUUGUCAUGAACAAUGUUUUGCCACGAGCCUUGAAAAUGCAUUUCACAUACGACUUGAAAGGCUCUACAUACAAACGGAGAGCAUCGAGAAAAGAAAGAGAGAAGUCCAACCCUACAUUCAAAGACCUCGAUUUCCUGCAAGAUAUGCAUGAAGGGUUGUAUUUUGACUCUGAAACUCACAGUGCACUAAUGAAAACACUACAGCGGGAUUGUCGAGUUCUAGAAAGUUUUAAGAUCAUGGAUUACAGUCUGCUUCUGGGGAUCCACAUAUUGAACAGUAACAUGAAGGAAAAAGGAGGAGAGUGUUCCAGGAGUGCAUCAGAUGCAAAACGUCAUGGAGGGCAGAAAGUUCUCUAUUCCACGGCGAUGGAGUCUAUACAGGGCCCUGGGAAGUCUGGAGACUCCGUCACCACAGAGACAACAAACACAAUGGGAGGUAUUCCAGCAAAAAGCCAUAAAGGUGAAAAGCUGCUUUUAUUUAUGGGUAUUAUUGAUAUUCUCCAGUCUUACAGGUUAAUGAAGAAGCUGGAGCAUUCUUGGAAAGCUCUUGUUUAUGAUGGGGAUACUGUUUCAGUUCACAGACCAAGUUUUUAUGCAGACAGAUUUUUAAAGUUUAUGAAUGCAAGAGUUUUCAAAAAAGUUCAAGCUUUAAAGCCUUCACCUUCAAAGAAACGGUGCAAUUCCAUCACAGCCCUAAAGGCAGCAUCACAAGAAAUAGUGUGUGCAGUUAGCCAGGAGUGGAAGGAUGAAAAACAUGGCAUUCUUGCUGAAGGACAAAGUUAUGCCAGCCUUGAUGAAGAAGUGCUAGGUUCACACCACCAGCCGGAUCUAGUGCCAAGCACUCCAUCUCCUUUUGAAGCAGCUUCCUUGGCAACCACACUUUCUUCUUCUUCCCUGAAUGUGGAUGAGCACUGUCAACGUGAUCAACCUACACUCUAUUCUAGCAGUAAAGGGUUACCUUCAAGUUCAACAUUCACUUUGGGAGAUAGUGCCAUCUUUUUGACUUCAGAGCAGAGCACAUUGGAAAUGGAAAAUGAUAAUGCUUCAGUUUUGGAUGUCUACUUACAAUUACAAUUUUCUGCAGAUGUGAAGAGCAGGACUGUUUGGUUCAUGAAUUUGAGAAAUGCAGGAACUGUGAGUGACACAAGCUCUUUAGAUGAGACCACUUAUGAGAAACUGGCUGAAGAAACACUGGAUUCCUUAGCAGAUUUCUUUGAGGACCUGACAGAUAAACCUUUUACCCCAGAAGAUUAUGACGUUUCUUUAGGGAGUGGAGUACUAACAAUUAAAUUGGGUGGAGACAUGGGAACAUAUGUAAUCAAUAAGCAAACACCAAACCGGCAGAUUUGGCUGUCCUCACCCACUAGUGGGCCCAAGCGCUAUGACUGGACUGGACGGAAUUGGGUAUAUUCUCAUGACAGAGUAUCUCUUCAUGAACUACUAUCAAAAGAGUUUUCAAAAGCUUUAAAAACUAAAUUGGAUUUGUCCUGCUUAAUAUAUUCUGGGAAAGAAGAUACUUGAUUGUAUUCUACCUCAUGGAAGUUUAAAGACUUUAACCUCAAGCCAAGCUCUUUUCUUGGGCUGAAGUACCUGAGCUUAAUUCUGUUGUUUUUCUUGGCAUCAAUAUGUUGUGCAACAAAAAUGAAAAUAAUAUAUUUUUUCUGUAGUGCUCA